CUCGCGGUGGCAGCCGGGACGUCGGCGGACUGUGUGCCUGUGCGAGUAAGGGUGCGUGUCCCCAGUGUCCGCUCCGGUCGCCCGGUUAGGAAUGCGCCUCACAUACCCAGAGGGUGGUGUUAUAUUUGACGAAACGCUAGCGGGGACUGUGGUCUAAGAAAAGUCAUGGUUUGACAUCGCUUAUAGCAUUAGUAUCUGACUGUGAGUUUGAUUCAUUGAGCUAGCUGGCGUUAGCCCGCUUGGUUGAUUCAUAGCACGCUAGGUCGCUAGCUGUGUAGCAUACCUGCUAGCCGGCUAGCUAGCUAGUUUCAGUGCUACUGCCAAUCCAGUCGAACAGGAGAGAACCGGACUGACUGCUGAGCAGUCGCCGUUUCGGGAAGAAGAGGUGGUGGCAGGCGGGAGAACGCGACGGAGUGGAAGUGAGUCAGGAGCGGCUGAUGAGUUCAGACCAGAGCGGAGAGCCGCCGCUGCUGCAGGAGGAUCCCGGACCGGAGACCGGUGGGAAGGACGAGGCUCCGCUGGGGAGCGACGGAGGGUCAGGCGGCAUGGUCACCUCUAAGGGCGCCGGUUUGAACCCAAAUGCCAAAGUGUGGCAGGAGAUGCCCGCGGCCCCCAGCGAGGCUGUUACCAACAGUCCUCAUUGGCCCCCCUCAGACAUCGGUGAGGGUUAUUCUGAGCCUUCGUCUGCAGGGUGUAAGCCAUUCACUGUGGGAUUCACAGCCCUGGAUGAAAGCGGCUCCUCGGCAACAGCUGAGAUAGCAGUAAAUGGAAUGGACCCUCCAGAGCUGGGCUUUUCCCCUGCUGAGUCAACCACGGGGACCCCAGAUUCUAAAACUGAAGAACCGUCUCAGAUCUCCUCUGAGAAUCUACGAGAGUCUCUGAAGAAGGAGCUGGAGUUUUAUUUUUCCAGAGAAAACCUCUCAAAGGAUUUGUACCUGAUGUCCCAGAUGGACAGUGACCAGUUUGUCCCUAUUUGGACUAUUGCCAGCAUGGAGGGCAUCAAGGUCCUCACCACUGACAUGGACCUCAUCCUGGAUGUGUUGAGAUCCUCUCCUAUGGUACAAGUGGAUGAGAAAGGGGAGAAGGUGCGUCCUAAUCACAAGCGGUGCAUUAUCAUUCUGAGGGAGGUACCUGAAACCACUCCUGUUGAGGAAGUGGAGGCACUGUUCAAAAGUGACAACUGCCCAAAAGUGAUCAGUGUUGAGUUUGCGCACAACAACAACUGGUACAUCACAUUCCAAUCAGACACAGACGCUCAGCAGGCAUACAAGUAUUUGAGAGAGGAAGUAAAAACGUUUCAGGGAAAACCCAUUAUGGCCAGGAUAAAGGCCAUCAACACAUUCUUUGCAAAGAAUGGCUACCGUAGCAUGGACAGCAGCCUCUACGCACAGCAGUCCCAGAGCCAGUCCCAGUACAGCUCUCCGCUCUACAUGCAGCACGUCUACCCCCAGCAGCAGUACCCGGUCUACGGCAUCGUACCUCCCACCUGGACACCUUCGCCCACACCGUAUUUUGAAACUCCUCUGGCCCCGUUUCCCAACAGUAGCUUUGUGAAUGGAUUUGGCUCAGCUGGACACUACAAAACUGGCUCCAAUUCUCUCAAUAUCACUCGCCCAUUCAACAGAAACCGAAACCAUGUGAAGCCCCAGGUGAGGACAGGCGAGGUGACUUCAGCGUCUAUAACUCCUGUCCCCCUGGAGAGUCUGACUGGACUGCGCAGCCCGCAGCCCCCCGCUCCCGUCGCCACCACCCUCCCGGUCCAGGCCGCCUCUGACCUGAACUCCGCGUUCUCGCAUCUUUCCUCCUCUUCCUCGUCUUUGGAUCCCAGUGAUGACAGCGGCAUGGCAGGACGUGGAAGACGGAGCACAACCUACAGAGGAACACGGAGGAGGCGAGAAGAGGACCGGAUUGCGAGGCCUGUACCGCUAACGGAGAUCAAGGUUUCUCAACCGAAGUUUGACUUGGCUGCUACCAAUUUCCCACCUCUCCCUGGCUGCGUGGUCAGCACACAGGGAGAGCCAGUGCUGGAAAACCGAAUGUCUGAUGUUGUACGCGGUUUAUACAGGGACAAGACGGAACAAGCCAAUAAAGAAGCCACUCUGAGUCCAGCUUCGGCCCAACCACCAGUCACAGAGGAGGCUGUGGCUGUCUCUAGUCCUGUCCUGCCAGCAGCCAAACCUGCUGCCCAACCACUCGGACCCACCGUCCCUGGUAUCCCACGUCAGGAGAAGAGGGUUGAACGGGUGGAGCCUCCUGCUCCAAAAGUGGCUCCGCGCACGCCAGUUCAAACUACCGUUAUCCCACCCCCCACCACUCAACCGGUGCCUAACCCCAGGCCUCAGCCCCCUGCUGCUGCUGCUGCUGCUGCUGCUGUUGUUGCCCCUGUCGCUGCCUCCACACCAGCAGUUCCAAGCACGCCGGCUCCUGCUGCAGCCCCUACUCCCACCGCCACGCAGGAGCCACGCAAGCUCAGCUACGCGGAGGUGUGCCAACGGCCACCUGUGGCCCCUGCCCCAGUUUCCACAGGCACAGCGUCAGGCCAGCCCUUACGCGAGUUGCGCGUGAACAAAGCUGAGGAUCUGGGCACCGGCAGUGUUGCCGGAGACAAGCAGGAGAAAGUCCAUGACAGGGAGGGGGGAUGGGAAUGCAAGGAGAGCCGACCUCCACGUGAACGUGACUCUCAAGGCUACUACCGCAGCAAUGGCCCCAGAGGCAGCGGGGGCCUCAAGUUUCGGGAACAGAGGCGCCCGCCUCCAGCCCGACGCAGCUCUCCGCAGGGAGGCUACAGGCACACUGGCAAAGAGCAGAAUAUCCCUCCAGUAUCGCCAAAGUAAAAACUUGACAUGAAUAGAAAAAAGAUGUAUGAAUAUAUACAUGGAUAUAUAUAAUUAUAUAUAAAAUGAAUUACAUAAAAGCAACAACAUAAUGGUAGCCACCUUCCCCCCCUGGAACUUGUCCACAGAAAAGCUUUUAAAAAGACAAAACCGGGACAUCCAGGACCAAUGGGCAAAAUGACACCUGAAGAACUUUGAUGAGUUAUAUGAAAAGGAAACAAAAAUCUUGUUUUGACCUCCAGCGUUAUGCUUAAAAAUCUUUUAAGUGUCUGGAAGAAGUCUCAUUUAUGCCCUGCUAGGGAGCGGUGGGAUGCUGAGCCUCGUAAAUGGCUCUCUACCUUUUUUCUUUGAUUUUAAAGAAUAGAUGUCUGCAAGAACAAUAUGCACUAAGAAGAAAAGAACAUGCAUAUAUGUCAUGUACAUAUACAAAGAUAUCACUAACACGCAAUGAGACAUCAGUGUUUUUUUUUUUCGUGUGUGCUUAGGUUUGCAAGUAUGACUGAAGGGUUGACUGAUGUCUGUGUAUGCAUUGAUUGUUAAGCAAUUUGAUUGAAGUGCUACAGUGUGCUGCUGCACUGAUGUAAUGAAAUGGAUGAUUUUUAAUUUUGACAUCAGACUCACAAUCACUGUCUUGAAACUGGACAGUGUGGCUUCUAAUGUAUAUUAAUGAAAUGUGUUCUAUGGUGGUAUUUUGAUCCUGGUUCAUAAUUGGCUAAAAUUGUAUCAGUCAGAUAUCAGAACGUGUCGAUGUACGCCGCAGUCAGAUGUGUGGUUUUGUUUGAAGCCGAAAUCCACUUUGGGGUUGUCACUGGCCCGUUAGCCACCGUUAACCUGCUAGCCUGGUCCAAAGUUUUUCAUGUUUAAGUUUUAUCUUUAUUAAUCUGAAACCGUUUUGGUGAUGGAUUCAGAACAUUGUCAUGUUGAUAAUCAGUCAGGUUCUCUGUUUACAUGUUUGUUUUGGUAGUAGGGUGACAUUUUAAAGGAGGAAAAAAAAAAGAAUAGGUUAAUAAGAUUUGACUGUUCAGUGCGCCUGGUUUAGGUGAGGUUUGGCUUUUCUACAUCAUCAAUGGAUAUCCAGGUUAAGCUUAUAUCUGUGAAUUGUUCUUAACAAUGGCAUAGUGUCAAAAAUAGUCUGAGGAGUGCUGUUAGCUGAGGAUGAUAGCUACAUGAUAUCUGGCAGCAAAGUCGUGGUUAUCAAGAAAAUUGGAACAUUUUCACGUGCUAUGUGCCAGCUGCCUACGAUCAUAGUGUGCUAGGAUAACGUUUUGAUUUUUAUUGACAGGUCUGCUAAAUAAUGUAGUCUUGGGGAAACCUUUGGCCCAGUGAAACUGGAUUUUGAAGAAGCUGUAGAGGUGUAGUUGCCUAUGCUAUAUUCUGAUUACCCUUCACUAGAAAAUGUGUGUGGGAGAAUGUAAUUGUUCUAGUACUGAAAUAACAGGCUCUUGACAGCAGGUAUCCACCAUAUUGUUUGUGCUUUUAGGGUGAGUUUGCUGGUUAUUCUUUUUUCUGUUUUUUUAUUUUCUCCCUUCUUUCAAAAAAAAAAAAUAACAACAAACAAAUGGAUUGACUUAGCAUUUGAAGUUUGACUCACUGUAUGUAUCGCUUUUUUACAUUUAUUUAUUUCUAAUUCUGAUGCACAACGCUUUUCUCCCAAUCUUGGUAGGCUGGUUUCCCCAAAGUUGUGUGAAAUCGCAUUGGCAAAAAUAAAAUCACGCAUAUGACAUUAAUAUACUGUUGGAGAUGUCAGCUGAGCAAAAAUACUUGAUGCAUUGACUUUUGGGUUAGUAAUGCAGUAAAAUGAGUAACCAAUCACUGGGGCUGUUAUUUCUUUUUAUUUUUUUAUUAUUGAGUAUGAGCAGCUAGUGAUUUAGUAUAAUUAAAUAAAUGCACUAACUUGUUUUUAAAAAGAAUCUUACUCAUAAGUAAUGUGAAAUCAUUUUAGAAGCAUAUGGUUGAUGUUAACAUGCUUGCAAAUUCCAGGAUUACAGGAAUCCCCCCCCCCCCCGCCCCCCCUCCUCUCCAAAUGUUUGGAUUAUUUUCAGUUAAUUUGGGUUGGGGUGGCAAAAGGAAAUAUAGUAAUGGAUCAACCAAGUGUUUGAGACACAAUCCUAGAACUGUAUGAAAUGUCACCAAAAAUAAAUUAUUUUGAUUUGG